AUGAUCAAGCAAAUCGAAUGCAAAGGAACUCCAUACGAGAUAGGACUCACCCACGGCACAUCCGCCAGCGAAGAAAUAACCCGCAGCAUCGACUUCUACGCCUCCCUUUUCCAAAAGACCAGUAAUCGAGACUGGAGCCAAGUAACAGAAACAGCCAACACCUUCGCUUCGCUUAUUCAAGAGAAAUGGCCUCGUUACUAUGACGAGAUGAAAGGUAUCGCGGACGGCUCAAACCGUGAUGUUUUGGAUAUUGUAGCCCUAAACGUCCGCACCGAAAUCGCAUUCGGCCAGUUCUCAGACGGCUGUACAAGUCUAUUCUGGCACACGCCAAACCAUGAAUGGCUCGGUCAGAACUGGGAUUGGCAAAAAGCACAAGCCCCAAAUCUCAUUGCUCUGACAAUCCAUCAAUCUUCUUUGCCGAGCAUCAAGAUGAUCACAGAAGCCGGUAUAAUCGGGAAAAUCGGGCUUAACUCCGCGGGUGUGGGGGUGUGUCUAAAUGCUAUCCGUGCUGUUGGGUUGGAUUAUGGAAAGAUGCCUGUGCAUCUUGGUCUUCGCCACGUCCUAGAAUGUGGGAGUACUAAGGAAGCUGUUGAGAAACUGGAGGAAGUUGGAAUGGCGAGUUCAGCACAUAUGCUGAUUGCGGAUGGAACUGGUGAUGCUGUGGGUUUGGAAUUCACGAGUUCGACAUUUGCGAGGCUUGUGAGUGAUGAUAAGGGGAGGAUUGCGCAUUCGAAUCAUUUGCUCGCUAAACAUGAUGGCGCCGUUGAGCCGGAAUGGUUGGCGGAUUCACCCAAGAGGGUUAGUCAAAUGAGGAGGUUGGCUGAGAAGAGUGAUGGGGAGGUUGGUUGGAAGGAGUUUAGCGGUUUGUUUGAGGAUGAAAAUGGGUUUCCGGUGAGUAUUUGUAGGGCGCAGGUGGGGGAUAGUACGAUUGCUACGCUGUUUAAUGUUGUUAUGGAUUUGAAGGCUAAGAAGGCUGUUGUGAGGAUGGGGAGACCGUCGGAGACUGAGGAGACGAUACACUUAGAUUUUGAGUAG